GGGGCAAGCGACGGGUCGGCCGGACUGAAGGGCGGCGGCGGACGCACGGCCGCCUCGCGUGCGCAGCCGGGGCUGGGCGGUGCCGCAGCGGCACCGGGGGAUGCUGGUGCUGGGCCGGGCCUCUCACUCCUCAACUUAGGGCGGCGGCGGGCCGCACCCCUGGUUCCCGGGCCAUGGCGCUGAGGGAACUCAAAGUGUGCCUGUUGGGGGAUACGGGUGUGGGUAAAUCGAGCAUAGUAUGGCGGUUCGUGGAGGACAGUUUUGAUCCGAAUAUCAAUCCAACCAUAGGGGCAUCCUUUAUGACCAAGACUGUCCAGUACCAAAAUGAGCUACAUAAAUUCCUAAUCUGGGAUACAGCUGGACAAGAACGAUUCCGUGCCUUGGCACCGAUGUACUAUCGAGGCUCAGCGGCAGCCAUCAUCGUCUAUGAUAUCACAAAAGAAGAGACGUUUUCAACAUUGAAGAACUGGGUGAGAGAGCUCCGCCAGCAUGGUCCCCCUAGCAUUGUUGUUGCCAUUGCAGGGAACAAAUGCGAUCUUAGCGAUGUCAGAGAAGUCAUGGAGAGAGAUGCGAAGGACUAUGCCGACUCCAUUCAUGCCAUCUUUGUAGAGACCAGCGCAAAGAAUGCAAUAAACAUAAAUGAACUCUUUAUAGAAAUUAGCCGAAGAAUUCCAUCCACGGAUGCCAACCCGCCGUCUGGCGGCAAGGGCUUCAAACUCCGAAGACAGCCGUCAGAGCCAAAGCGAAGCUGCUGCUGAUGACCCAGGCCCCACACUGAUGAAGAAGCGGGUGGUCCUGGACGGUGCAGGAGGACCAGUCCCUGCCAUUGGCAGCCGCCUCGUGCCCUGGAGUCUUCUUCAUGCAGAAAGGACUCAGAGGAACUGGCUGUUGGGUUCUCUUGGGAAACUGCAGCAGGUGUUUCCAUCUGCAGACUUGUGGUGCGGACUCUGGCUUGCAAAGGGACCACAUCCUUGGCUAUUGACCUAGCUGAAAGGAGCGUCUGAUAUAUGGAUGGUAGGAUUGAAUUGCUGGUGCUUUUGUAAUCAGGAUGUCAUGUAUCAUUUGUAAAGGGAAAUGAGCACUUUCAUGGAUCUUAAGGGAAAAGGUCCUUGUCUCUUGUAUCAGAGUUGCGUCAUUUAAGAUAUAGAAAGUGAUCACAGUGGAAGGACAGUUGUUCCUGGGACAGUCUCCACCAUCUCUAAUGCACUUUCCUACACAGUAAAUUAACACGCAGCGGCAGCAGCAGCCUGACUCACCUUGGGUUUACUUCGGACCCUGUUUAUGUCACCACAUAUUAGUUUUAUCAUUACCUUUCUAAAUAAGUUCCCGUGGCCCAGGGGAUGGUGUAGAGACACUCCUUGGAGCCAGUUGAGUUACAUAUGUCUACACUGAUGAACAGUGGUUUAAAAGGAAGAGAGAAAGAACAAAGGAAAUGGUUUUUUGUUUUUUGGCCCAGGUAUU